GGGGAGAUCACUCUAAUUUACCACGUGCUUACUCAAAACAUCAACAUACAUUGUGGAGCUUAGGUGGGGCUCACUGUGUGUAGCAAUAGGAUAGCUGCAAGUGGGUUGCAAUUCAAAUGUAGUUAACAGUUCUCAAGAGGAGAUGGAGAGAGAGUGUUACUGUGAGAAGGUGGAACCUGACCAGAAGCCCUACAUGCUCAUAUGUGGUGAAUGUAAAAAACACUUCCAUGCAGCAUGUUUGGAAACAGGCAAACUGUCGCCGCUAGAUGGCGACAUAUUCUAUCACUUCAAGUGCCGAUGCUGUGGAGACGAGGGGAAAGAAGAAUUUGACAGGAUGAAGAUGCAGUGGCUUCAGGUGGUCAUGCUCACGCUCUACAAUCUACAGCUCAGCGGGAACGGGAAAUGUGGGUAUUUCCGGUGGAAAGAACAUAUAUGUGCAUUCAUAGACAAGCACUGGUCCCUGCUGUUUGCUGCACACAGGAAGAAGACGUCGCUGUGGCACGGGACUGUGGCCGGCACUCUCUCCACAGGGUGUCCGGGCUACUUCACAUCGGGGGCCAACGUCCUGGGAGAGGCCGGCUGGUGGAAACUGACCGACAUGAAACCUCCCAUGCUUAAAGUUGACUCAGGACUUCGUCCGGCACGUAAGAAGCAUGAUCCGACGUCUGCCAUUGACCCUGCUGCGGUCAUCAAGGUGGAGGGUCUGAGGUCAAGGCGAGGCAAGUCCUCCAUACAGGCGGCCAUGGAACUCAAGAGCAAGAGGUCAACCUUGACGGAAGCCAAAGAGAUCCGUAAAGCUAAAGCCAGCUGCAAGACACCAGAGUCAACGCCACCAAGACCAUCUUCUUCAGGCACAUCCAGUUCUACCUCACAUAAAACAGCUGCCUCGCCAGCUGCCACAUCUCCUCUCCCAGACGUGGAGACCUUCGGACUCUUCCAACACGACAAUUUUCAUAGCAAAGACAAUAUGAAGACUAAAAUGUCUGACACCAUGAAAAACACAACAGCUUCUGAUGUUGGAUCGAAACGAUCCAAGAAGUUGUCAGACUGUGUGGUUAAGCAGGAAACUGUGGACACCAGUUACACAAGUACCGAGGGCAAGAGCGUUGCCAUGGUUACUGUGAAGGAAGAGCCUCCUGAUUCCGAGAGCAGCUUGGCGUCUGCUUCCUUCCAGUCCACCUUCAGUUGGUCCAUCAAAGCGGAGGCAGACGAGGACAGUCAGUUCUCCCGCUCCAGCAGCCACAUGUGGUUCACGGACAAGGAUACCAAGGCUCCAGAUACCAUGCCAGAGUUGUUUCUGAAUGAUGACUCUGACAGUGACCUUGAGAUUGACCCAGGAAGAAUGUCCCCUCCGACUGCGAUGUGGUCUGCCGGCUUCAGAGCGUCUCCCUCGGUGCAAGAUAUCCUGUCUUCCAUAGAUGACAAUUCCCGACUGUCGGAAGACUCCACUUUGACCCACCCAGGUUCCAAGCCAGCAGUUAUCAGUAUCAAAUCGGAGACGGAAACCCCUGGCAAGUCUGAUAACGAGGCUGAGCUGGAGGGGGAGGAGGAGUCCGAGGAGUCUGACAGGGACGAUUCCUCAUUUCACAAGAAGAGGAGACUGGAUGGAGGAGAGGAUGAGAAGCCCGAGGAACCUCCUCCACCAAUUUACGCCCCGAUGAGUCUGUACGAUGAGAUCCAGCUCCUGAAGAAACUAAACAUGGUGGCUGAGAAGAUGACAUUGGAACCCCAACUGAACCGAUUCCGCAGGAAACUGAUUGUCAGACAGCUGAAGAGGGAGAGGGGUAUGCCUGUGUUUGACCUUGACCUUGAAAUGAAGAAGAUAACUCAGCAGGACUUCCGGCAGCUGCAGGACAUGGAUGAUGGAUUUGGUCCGAGGUCACAAAUGAGAUCGUUGAUGAAACCAAGGGGAGCUGAUCUCCGCAUUCUGGACAGGUUCCAGUGCAAUCCUAUGAGAUCCAAGGCUUCGUCACAGCAUUUCUCAUCAUUCAUGAACAGACUGGUCGGCGUGGACGAUGAUCAGCUCCAGUGUAUUACAAGUCCCUACACCACAAGAGUGCUGAAGCCCUUCAUUCGUCGCGACCAUGAGACCAAGCCCCUCAAGAUGAGGCUCCUGGAGGAGAUUGUGGCAUACCCACACAGUGAUGACUCAUCAUGGCAACCACCUCCCUCUCCCCCCAUCGACUACUGCUACGUCCGACCGCAACAUAUACCAUCCGUCAACACACUGUGCAGGGAGUUCUUCUGGCCAGGGAUAGACUUGUCUGAGUGUCUCCAGUACCCUGACUUCAGCUGUGUAGUUCUCUACAGGAAAGUGAUCAUCGGCUUUGCGUUCAUGGUUCCGGAUGUGAAGUACAACGAGGCGUACAUUUCAUUCAUCUUCGUCCAUCCAGAGUGGCGGGGAGCAGGCAUUGCGAGCUUCAUGCUCUACCAUCUCAUUCAGACGUGUAUGGGGAAGGAUGUCACCCUCCACGUGUCGGCCACCAACACCGCCAUGAUGCUGUACCAAAAGUUUGGCUUCAAGACAGAGGAGUUUAUUCUGGACUUCUACGACAAAUACUAUCCCAUCGACACCCGGGAGUGUAAACACGCUUUCUUUCUCAGACUCAGGAGAUGAAUAAAUUGUUUUUUCUUACUUCA